AUGUCCGACUUUGAGCCGGUCACACCCGGGUCAGCAUUCCAGGCGGACUGGGCCAAGUGGCAGAAGCAGCUUCGCGAAUGGCGCCAAGCGUACGAUGAGUGGCGACAAGUGCUGCAGCAGCUUCAGGAGUGGGAUGAGAAGGAGAGCAAAGGAAUCCAGCUGCCAUCCAUCGACCCCAACCUUGACGUCCUUGCGGUGGAAAACAUCCUGGAUAUCGGCGAAGGCGAGCCUCUCUUCGGGAACUUUGAGUACGAGGACUGGCUUCUCCUCAGCACCAGGGUGGAGCUCCACCUGCUGGUUCAUCACUUCCGGGACGACACUGGCGGCGCGGUCUUGGACGAGUCCAACCUGGCCCAUUACUACAAAUGCUACUUCAAGAAAAGCUUUAAGCCGGAAGACUUUGCUGUUCGGCCCUCGGCAAAAGAGCCCAGCUUCCGACGCUCCCUCGACCGCGCUAUGCCUUGUUUGACCUACGAGCCAAAGAGGGCCACGGAUCUGGGCGCACAUGGUGAGUCCAAGGCAUCCACGGAAGCCCCAGUCGAGCCUUCAGAGCAGUUGGCUGAGCAUACGGAGCUGGAGGUCAGCCAGGUCGAGGUCGUGGAGGGGGAUGAGGACGGCCAUGCCAAGAUCAACAGGAUCGAGGAGGCGCUGGAGUCGGAAGAUGCCUCCGGCUGUGGGUUUCUAGGAACUUGCUGGGGCGGCGUCCCAGUCUCUGGUGACGCCUGA